AUGCCAAAGACACAAAUAUUGAUUACGGAUAUUCCAACAGCUUAUUUCAAGGAGAAAUGGCCCGACCAAUUGGAGAAGGAGCUGUUUGUCAAGUUAUUCCCGCAAUUCAGCUCAAAUUUACUAUACUACAGCCCCUUGGCAUUUUUGAAUCGGAUUGUUAUAAUUAUGGAUAAUGAGGAAACCACAAUUCAAAUGUACAAUAGUUUGAAAAAUCUACUUGCGUCACAAAAAAGAACUGCAAAACUCUAUCUCACCGAGUCCCUUUUGACAAAACCAAAAUCAAGAUCCUCAGAUGAUUUGACUUUGAUGUCGAAACGUUCACCGGAACGUCAAAACACCAACACGACCACAGAUACGCAUCUUGAGCAACCAGAGUCCCAGCGAUUACAGACCCCUUCACAACAACUUUCGCAGGCCAGUAAACCAAUUCUAUCGAUAGACACAGAUCCAUCAAGUACAGGAAUUAGUACUUAUUCACUUUCUAUAGGUAGUCCGUCGUUAUCUCCAGACCGCACAUCUUUGGAAUCCCCAACAAUGUUGAAGUUCGACAGUCAAUCUAAGCUGCACUAUUAUAAAGAACCAUUACCGAAAUUGAAUAAAAGGGUUAGUCAAUCAACUUUUGAUUCCAGCCCUGCUGAUACAACCACAUAUCUUUUCAAGCCAAGGAAUACUGGUGAUCUAGCUUCUGCAUCAUCAACUGAUAUGGUAUCAUCAUCUUCUUCAAGAAUUGAUAUCCCACCGCCAAGUCCAAGUAUUACUUUAAACGAAUUCCAUCUUUAA